AUGGUUCACGGCAACCCCAUCCACUGCCAGGGAAAUCAUGGUGAACCUCAUCAGAUUAUCGACGCUACCAAAUCAUCCAGCCACACAUUCCAGCCACAAUGCUUCAGCCAUCUCGUGUCUACCCCAUACAAACAAGGCAAUACACAUACAGAACUUCUUUUCUCGUCUCGGCCAUACACACAGUUCUGCGACAAUGUCAAUCAGACCUUCAAUGAGGCUCGGAAACAACUGGAUGUUGUUGCCCAAGAUAUCCAGCGCGAUACGCAAGACAACGAGAGACUCCAGCGUGCCAACGAGUGUCUCCAGAAUGACAACGAAAGGCUCCAACGUCGCAACGAGAGUCUCCAGCAUGACAACCGCCGGUUGGAUUCAGCUGUCGAUCUCCUCGAAGGCAGAUUAGCGUAUGCCAACAUCCACAUCAAACAACUCAGAUCAGAAAAGAAAAGGCUCUUUAAAGAACUGCGACUCUUUCGGGAGAAUCAGGACCUGGUAAAGGUGGCUGGCUAUGUAUCCUCGCAGUCCAAACCAAGUUCUUUGCCCGUCCUCUGCCAACUCAUGCAGAUGCAUCUCGACCUCUACCCUAAUUAUAGCCGGGAUCAAGAAUGUUCUGACGUGCAAGGGCCCGUGGCUGAGAACAAGAAGAAUCUGCAGAGUGACCAGCGGCGCCUGCACCAGCUGGAAAAGUCGCAGUCCAAUCCUAAUCAUCCGUAUUGCCACUUCUCCACAGGCAACUUUGAAGUGCUAAAGACGGGCCCCGAGUCUAAAGGCAUCGACGUGCGGCAAAAGUUCAUCGACUUCCAUGCAAAGCAUUACUCCGCCAACCGGAUGAAACUAUGUGUCCUUGGCAGGGAACCGCUGGAUGUAUUGCAGAGUUGGGUAGCGGAUCUUUUCUCCGGCGUACCGAACAAGAACCUAGCACCGAACCGCUGGGACGACGAGUCUCGUAUUGCCGUACUUCUCGCCCGGGUUGAUGGUUAUGUGGUCGACUUCGAUGUUGUGGAGCAGCUUCGCGCUCGGACCCAAACUCCCCAAACUCCGAGUCGAUGA